AGUGUUUGUUUGUUUUCAGCCUUUAAAAUCUGCGGGACGACGAGCAGACGCUCAGCCUGACGGUCGCAGCUGAAGAUGAGACGCCUCCUCGUGUUACUGGCUGUUUUGUGGGUGUGUGACGGCGUUAAGUUCGGUCAGCUGUGCAGCAGUAACCCGAGCAACAGCCGGAGGACGUCGGACAGAUGGGGACAGGGACAGUACGGAGCCGGACGGGGGACCAGACUCCACCAGGGGCUGGACAUCAAGUGCAGGGACGGCGCCGCUGUCUACGCUCCGUUUGACGUGACUCUUAACGGGAGACUGACCGUCUACACCGACCCCAAUAAGGCAGCCAUCAACGAGGGCAUCAACCUGUCAGGAGAGGGUCUUUGUUUCAAGCUGUUCUACGUGAGGCCGGACCGAACCUCAGGAACGGUGAAGAAGGGGCAGAGGAUCGGCACCAUGCUGCCCAUGCAGAGCGUUUAUCCGGGAAUCACCUCACACGUCCACGUCCAGAUGUGCGACAGGAUGAUCGACCCCACACAAUACUUCUGAUCUCCUUCAAACACCGUCGACAACCUUCAUUACUAAAGAGGCUUUUCUCUGAAACUUUAGCUCCUCGUCCAUAUAAAGGAUUCUGAUGGGCUCCAAUAAAACACUUUGAAAACCGUUUA